CUUUCUAUGUUACAGUCUUACAGAACAUAAACCCUUAUUCAUCUAUCGCCGUCGUUGUCUCUCUUACCGGACGUUGUUUUGUUUCCCUCCGACCUCCGGCGAAUCCAUCAGAGAGCAUCAUUCAUGGCCACAAGGAGGUUAAGAGCAUUCAAGAGAUGGAUGAAAGCUAACGGAGUUGAUUGCAGCGACGCUCUCAACCUCGUCGACGACCAAAACGAUGGUGUCUCUGUGAGAGCAUUCUGCGAUUUGAAGGAAGGAGAUGUUGUUGCCAAUAUCUCAAAAACUGCUUGUCUCACUAUCAAAACCAGUGGAGCUCGUGAGAUGAUCGAAUCUGCUGAUUUAGAUGGAAGUUUAGGUCUCUCUGUGGCUCUCAUGUACGAGAGAAGCUUAGGUGAAGAAUCUCCUUGGGCUGGUUACCUUCAGAUUCUUCCUGUUCAAGAAGAUUUGCCUCUUGUUUGGUCUCUUCAAGACUUGGAUUCUCUCUUAUCUGGAACUGAGCUUCAUAAGGUGGUGAAGGAAGAUCAUGUUCUUAUAUAUGAAGAUUGGAAAGAAAACAUAUUGCCACUUACCUCUUCACUGCCUCAGAAUGUUGAUUCUGAUUCGUUUGGAAUUAAAGAGUAUCUUGCUGCGAAGAGUUUAAUUGCUUCACGGUCUUUCCAGAUCGAUGACUAUCAUGGAUCAGGGAUGGUUCCUCUUGCAGAUCUCUUCAAUCAUAAAACUGGGGCAGAAGACGUUCAUUUCACUCAUGAAUCCGAUACUGAAGCUGAUGAAUCUGAAAACGAUGAUGCUGCAAAUGAGGCCACCGAUGAAGACGACCCUUCCAGUAAAAUUUCUUCCUCGCCUGAGCAGUCUUUUGAGGACGUUCCUGGUGAAAACACUGAUGACGAAGCCAAAGAAGAAGAAGAAGAAGACGACGAAAACUCUUCAAUGCUGCAAAAUGAUCAAUCCGGUCUAAAAAUGAUUAUGGUGAAGGAUGUCUCAGCUGGAACUGAGGUAUUCAAUACAUACGGUUUGAUGGGUAAUGCUGCGUUACUCCACAGGUACGGAUUUACAGAGUUCGAUAAUCUAUACGACAUAGUAAACAUAGAUCUAGAAUUAGUAACCGAAUGGAGCACAUCCUCAUUCACAAGCCGGUACACUCGAGCUAGACUGGCCUUGUGGAGAAAACUAGGCUACACAGGAUGCGAGAGUCAAAACUCAGAAUACUUCGAGGUAUCUUCAACCGGAGAACCCCAAACCGAGCUCCUGAUCCUACUCUAUAUACUGCUCUUACCAGAUGACACAUACAAUAAACUGGAUCUAGCUGAAUCAACAACAGGAGCGUCUCUCUCCAAAGAAGGAAGAGAAACUUCUUCUUCUUCUUACGAGAUAACAAUUGGGAAACACAAGUUUGUGUUUGGACAAAGCGGAAACGAUAUUCUUCUGACAGAUGGUGUUUGUGAAGCUCUUCUAACUAUUGUGGAUAAGCGAGAGAGCUUAUAUGGAUCAUUAAACUCAUUGGAAGAUGACAUUGUUAGGCUCAAGACUUGUUGUCUUCCGAGAGACAGGAGAGUAUAUCAUUCGCUUGUGUUGCGUGUGAGUGAGAGGAAGAUUCUAAAGAAGCUUAGGAGCUACAUUCAUACAAAGGCCAAUGAGUUUUCCGGCGGAAAGCGCCGGAAGAAGAUGCUUCCAAAAUCCUAGCAACACCCUUAAAUUGCUUGUUGACUUUUAACUUUUCAUCCCCAAGUUACCAGUUAUAAACGAUUUGGUCUAGUAACAUUGAGUUUCAUCUAUAAGGUAAGGUUCAUCGAAUGUUAGCAUAUUUGAUUGAUUCUCUUACUUCUAUUUAUAGAAAUUUUCGAGGUUUAAAAUAAAAUAGAGAACGGAGUUUAUAUCGUGAGUAUUGUUGAGUAAUCUUCAGACGGAAGCAAAGAAAGCGUGACAAAAAGCCGGCGACUGUCAGACAGGUAAAACUGUAAAUACGGAGAAAGAUGGGGUCACUUUAACAGAGCCGGACACGUGGCACGUGGGAAUUAAAGGAUAUUUACAGUCUUACACAGAAUUACACAGAGACAAGACAACAAUUUUUUUUUUUUUUUUUUUCACCAAGGCUAAGCUUUUUUUUUAAUACAGUCAAAAGACUCGAUAGAGUGUAACGGAGAGAUUCUUCUUCUAGAGCAGCUCUCUUUUUGUUCGUCUUCUUCCUCCAAAAUCCAAUCUCACUACAGCUUCUUUAGGGUUUCUUCUUCUUCCUUUGGAUCUAUGUGAACAGAUCUUUGGAUCAGAUUUGCUCAAAUGUCGUGGUAAGUAUGAACUAAGCUCUGAGGUAAGCUUGGGAAGUAGGGAUAUGGCCAAAAUCUCCUUGGUUUACCAACUUAGCAAAAAAGUUAGCAGGAGUUGGUGAUCAGUUCUCCUACCGGCUUUUGCAGGCUAAUAACUAGUACCUGACUGUAAAAUCUUCCAAGGUUUCAACGCACACUGGGAC